UACGAACCCCCCCCCGGCCCCCCCGGCGCCCUUCCCCCCCCCCACCCGAUGGCCGCGACGCAGAUCCCGUCGCCCUGCGCUCGCCGUGCGGCCGCCUGAGGGCUGCCACAUGUUCCGCCGCCGCCGCCGCCGCCGGGAUGCUGCCCCGUCACAUGCGAGCCGGCGGCGCCUGCGACCUGCCGGGCACCGAGACCAACGCCGCGCCCCUCGUCGGCUACCGGCCCCUCGGCCGCCGCCCGUCGGACGACGCCGGCGACCCGCCGGUGGCGUCGUCGCUGAUGAAGACCACGUGGUACUGCCCGCUGGACCCGUCGACAGUUGCGGAGGAGGAAGACGACGGGAUCGUCUACUCGGUGGUCCUCAAGCAAGCGGCCGCGUCUCCCUCCCCGUUUGGCGCCACCCGCUGCUGGCUGGCGAAGGCGGGCACGGAGGACAAGCUGGCGCUGCACCUGCUGCGCGCCUUCGCGCUGGGCGACGCGACUUUCGUCAGCAUCUUCCUGGCCACGUAUCGCAGCUUCAGCUCCACGCAGCGAGUUCUGGACGUCCUCGCCGACAGGUUGGAGCGCCCGCCCGGCGACGGCGACCAGAGUCGGCGCAGGAAAUCCUUCAACAGGGCGGCGUGCUCGGUGUUCAGCGCGUGGUUGUCCGAGUACCCCGAAGACUUCCGAGGCCUGGCGGAUCCUUCCGGCCUCCUGCGACUGGCGCCGCUGCUCCCUCGAGACUCGCCGUCCGCCGCCGACCUUCGCGCUCGCUUCCUGCGCUUGGCCGAGGAGCUGAGCGAGAAAGCCCUGCUGGCCGACGCCGACCGAGACGAGAAGCUCUCCGACGGCGACCCGAGCGCGGACGGACACCGGUUCGAGCCCGCGGCCGUCUUGGGCAUCCCGUCGGCCGUCGUCGCCGAGCAGCUCACCCGCAUCGAGAUGGAUCUGUUUGUGCGCGUGGUCCCGUACGACUGCCUGGGCUGCGUCUGGUCCCAGCGGGACAAGAAAGGUCGCGAGGACGCGUGCGGUUCCGUGCGGGCGACGGUCCGCCAGUUCAAUCGUCUGGCCAACGCCGUGCUGGCGUCCUGCCUGGGGGGCGCCGCCCUGCGCAGCCAGCAGCGCGCCAGGCUCCUGGAGAAGUGGAUCAGCGUCGCCCAGGCGUGCCGCGCCAGGAAAAACUUCUCGUCGCUGUACGCCAUCGUGUCGGCCCUGCAGAGCAACCCCAUCCACCGCCUGAGGAGGACCUGGCAGGACGCCGACAGGGAGGCGACCAAGAAAUUGGAGGAACUGUCCGAGAUCUUCUCAGACAAGGACAACUACUCGCAAAGCCGAGAGUUGCUCAAGGAGGAAGGAACUUCCAAGUACGCCAAUCUUGACGGACGUCUCAACAACAAGCACACGAGUGCGGGCGGCGCGCAAGGUACGGUUCCGUACCUGGGUCUGUUCCUGACCGACCUGACCAUGCUGGACGCGGCCGUCAAAGACCGCCUGGAGAACGGCUACGUCAACUUCGACAAGAAGCGACGGGAAUUUGAGGUUUUAGCUCAAAUCCGACUGCUGCAGUCGUCGUGCAAGAACUGCACGCUGGUCCCGGACGAGGACCAGGACUUCCUGCGUUGGUACCGCGGCGUGCCCGUGCUGACCGAGGAGCAAAGCUACCGGCUGUCCAACCAGAUCGAAGCGUCUUGCGAAGCGGCGGCGGCGGGGGCGGGGACGCCCCCCCGCGGCGCCGGCCCCGUCCCGACGCUGGUGGUGACGCAGUGUCCCGACGCGGACGCUUGGACGGGUGGCCCGUCGUCGGACUCGCCGUCGCCCGUCAACAACCUGCUGUCCAAACUCACCAAGCACGUGAGAUCUCCGUCCGUUUCGUGUCUGGACGCGGACACGCCGCCGCCCGCCGACGGCUCGGCGGCCUCCCGCCUGGCUCCCGGCGCGCCGCCCAAAUCCCACCGCCGCUCCGCCUCCUGCGGCAACAGCCCCGCCCCCGCCGGCCGGGGUCCGAGUUCGGGGCCCGACAUGCGCAUCAUCCGGAUCCGCAUGGACCUGCACGACGGCAACUUGUACCGCAGCAUCCUGGUGACCAGCGACGACAAGACGCCGGCCGCCAUCAGCUCGGCCCUGGACAAACACAAUCAGGACCCCGCCCAGGCGGCCGCCUACGAGCUGCUCCAACUUCUGCCCGAAGGAAAAGAGUUGCUGAUCCCGGCCACGGGCAACAUUUUCUACGCCAUGACGUCGUCCAGCGUGGACUUCCUGUUGCGACGGAAGGCCGGCGACGCGUCGGUCGGGUCGCCGGCCGUCGGCCAAUCGGAGAGCGGCCCCGCCACGUAUCCUCGAAUCAAAGCCAAAGGAAAGAGAUUGGCCCGAACUCUCUUUUGAAAGGAAACGCAAACGAAUUGUCAUCUUCAUCUCCGUAUUAACAAUGAUGACGUUUUUCUUGAAACUGAAAUUGAGAGCGGAUAUUUUACAGCUUUGACGGAAUGUUUAUGAUUUUUUUGAGUGGAUUUUUUUUUUAAUUUUAAUUUUUGAAAAAUGACCACAUUUAAUUUUGUCAUUCUUCUACCAAAUUUGAUUAUUUUUGUCCAUGUUUCUUCCCACCAAUCCGGAUUCUGCAUUUCAUUGCAUUUAUUUCCUGUUUUAAUUUAUUGAACUCUUUUUUUUUGGGGGAGAGGGGGGGAGGCAAACUAUUUUUCCAAAGCAGCCAAUUUUUACAUUUUUUUUUUAGGUUCGUUUGUACGUUUGGGAAGGGAAUGUUUGAACUGGCAACAUUUUCUUCCUGCCACCAUCAGCAGCAAUAGCAGCGCUGGACAAGAAGCUUUUCAUUUUUAUUUGUGAGCUGAACUUUUAAGGCCGAAAGCGUCCUGAAAACGUGCAAGGCACAAAUUCCUGCCGCCGCUUCCAUUUCGAGUUCAUCUCAAGAAGCAACUUCUCCCCCCCCCCCAAACCCCACUUCUGCCUUCCAUCAAAUUCCUUUUGGCGGGCAAAUAAUUUUUAUUUCCUCUCUAUAUUGCAUAUCCCCCGCCAACACGUAUUCAGCAAGUCCCGAUUUGUUUGUGUUUCUCGAGAUGAGCUGUAUCCAAAUUUUGACAUUUUUUUUUUUAAUACAUCCCAGUGUGUUCAUUACCCAGAAAUUUUAAUUACAGUCCUACUUUACA